AUGUCACAAGAUUCAGGACCUAGUACAUGGCAUACGGUAACUCUCAAAAUCCCAUUUUAUACUUCUCAACAUGCCCAAAUAGCCAAAAAGGUAUUACAAGUGGAUAAAGAACAGAAUGCUCAAUUAGUAGAAAGACAAUUGGAAGUUGAAGAAAAUAUAUUGGUCGUAACAUACAAAACUGCUACAGUCAGAUUACUUCGAUUAGCGACAAAUUCUUUCUUAUCAUCCGCAGAGUUAAUCUCACGCGCCAUGUCAGAGUUCGCUCCUGAUCCUACCCUUCCUCGAGUGACAGAUGAUGAGUUGGAGAGAAUACGUUUGGAAGCGAAUAAAGGUAAUUCUGGUGGGAUAGAAUUGAGGGGUGAUGGUGUGGGAGCUGGUAGUGGUCAAGAAGUGACAUGA